AUGGCAUCCCAACCCACCAACCCAUCAGCCACCCGCACCCCCUCACCCGACCCCUUCGACGCCCUCCUAACCCUAGAAGACACCCUCUACACCACCGCCUACAACCUCGGCGUCUCCGACGGCGCCCACGCAGGCCGAAUCGAAGGACGAAUUUUCGGUUUAGAAAAAGGCUUCGAAAAGUUCGCUUCUCUGGGAGAACUUCAUGGGCGGAGUGUAGUUUGGGGAUCACGGUUACCAGGUCUCACAUCUAAUUCCACACCAACAUCAAAGCACGAAGAGGAGGAAAGCAAAUCACUACCGUCCCUCCCGAACAACUCCCGCCUUCUCAACAACACAACACUCCUGCACUCCCUAACCGACCCCCUCACCUUCGACACCGCAAACACCGAAGAAGGCGUCGCGGAUUUCGAUGAUAGGUUCAAGCGAGCAGGCGCCAAAGCCAAGGUCAUCGAGCGAAUCGUUGGCGAAGCCGACGCUCGUAACAGGGAAGCAGACAGUCACACGUCUGCGAAAUCACCUGAUGGAUCACGAUCACCAGCAAGAGGGAAGACGGGGCCGGUGCGAGUAACUGGGCAGAGCAAGGCUGGUGGAGCGAAGAAGGGGGAUGAUAGUAUAGAGGAUUUCGCGGGGUCCAAGUUGUUGCGCUGA